UUCGCAGCCAUCUUACAAGGCAGUCCCUUGUUUCUUUCCCGCUCGUUCGCGUCGGUAAUUUUACUUCGUACGCCAUCUUUCGUCGAUCUACGGUCGCUCACACGGUGUCUCAGAGGGGCGUUUAGCCUAUGUGAUGUUGUUGCAGCGCAUGCAUUCAACUGCAAUUGAAUAAAACUUGGAGUAUUCAAGGAUUUUGGAUUUUAGAUGUUAUUGGACUGACUCAUUGAAAUCAUGAAGGAUCCUAGAAACAUAGAGCGAGGGGCGUGCAAAAAAGAAGAUUGUGAUUGCACAGCUUAUUCGUUGGAUGAAAAGGCGACGAGUGCUGCAUGCAGCUACUGUCAAUGUCCACCCACGGCUCAUGUUGCAGAAAAAGGUCAGAUUAUUACAUCUACUCCCACGACUUCAAAUGAUAUUCUAACUACACCAAACUCAUCGCUUACAGAGGCAUCAAAGACCAUCAACUCUUCCACUUCUGCUUCUGAGGCUUCUGAUAUUGUCACAUUAUCAGUGCAUAAUGUGUCUGAUCCAUUCUUACAGUCUCUUCUGGUACAACAGUCUAGUGACGAGCCAAACACGGAUGAGAUAUUCCUUCCAGUUAAACUUCCUCGCAAGUGUGAAACUGCUUUGGCAAAUAGGGAUGUGGAUCACAGAGUAAAGUCUUCUAUUGUCAGAGAGGUUGUGAGCAAUCUGAUGGGACACGACCAGACCUCCACCAAAUGCUUACAGAAAGCGGCCAAAAAGAUGGUUAACAAAUGGUCACCACUUAAAGAUCAUAAUGACCCUGACAAUAAUGGGCUGUUGACUAUGUUGAGAAAAAGGAGGGACAGGUGUAAUAAAACUGACAAUGUGAGUGCAUCAACCUCUUCCAGAGGCAAUAUCCAUCAAUUGACUGCUCUUGAAGCAAAAAAAGAAAUGUUUGACAAGUGGAGUGCAAAUCUCAGAACUGCAGCUGCUCAUAAACAUUUGAUGGAGGUAGCAAGACCACUCCGCAAAGUAGAGGCGAAGAAACUUCCUGGUCUUCAGCUAUUGAAAUCUUUUCCAGCUCUGGGUAUUAAUGAAGUUCUGCUACAAGAACUGUUAGCAGAAUUAGAGACAACAGAAGACGAGGCUAGAGACAAAUGGAGACGUACCAUGGAACCUCUAAAAAAGUACCACCAAACUGAAAAGAAAUUCCCUUUUGUAGAGGGAACUUUGGAUGAGGAAACUUUGUGGAUACUAGAGAGUAUUCACCUCUACAAUAUUUGGUUUAAGGAGGUGAAUCGACAAAACACUGAUGAUUUGACAAAGGAACGUAAGUCCACUUUUUAAAAUUGUGCAGUAGGGCCAAAAUUGAGUCAUUUUUCUAUCUAUCUCUGACAUUAAUUGCUUUAGUUCAAAUUUUCUUUCACAGAAUAUCUUGUUAAUAUCUUAUUUACCCACUCCAACUUUGUUCGGUUUCCUAACUCAAAUGAGUAUGGAGUUAGUGUGACUUACGUCUAUUGUCCACCUCCUCUUGGGUUGACAGAGAGACGUAAGUCCUAGACUGCUUUCACAAAGGAACGUAAGUCCAUAAUAUAAUUUGGACAGAGAAACGUAAGUCCAUUGCUACUUUCACAAAGGAACGUAAGUCCAUGAUACAAACUGGACAGAGAAACGUAACUCCAGAAAGGUUUCACAAAGGAACGUAAGUCCAAGACUAAAAUGGGACAGAACAACGUAAGUCCAUU